GGCUCUUGGGAAAUUUAUCAGCGAUUGACAGAGAGGGUCGCCAUAUUGAGCUCAGCUGUAGUAACUAGGAAAGGUUGUGCCAAGGAAAUAAACUAUUUUCAUAUCUACACAGCAACCAAGAACUUCUAGAUUUAAUGGACGCAAUGGCGAGCCCGGGAAAGGAUACCUGUCGAAUGAAGAGUUAUAAGAACAAAGCCCUGAACCCGCAGGAGAUGCGGCGUCGCAGGGAGGAGGAGGGGAUUCAGCUGCGCAAACAGAAGAGGGAGGAGCAGCUGUUUAAGCGAAGAAAUGUGUCUCUGCCUGCGGGCGAUGAGUCUAUGUUGGAAUGCACCAUCCAAGAUCCCGAUGUCAGCUCCACCAUACCUGUCCCAGGCGAAGGCAUCAUAACUCCAGAGAUGAGACAGAUGAUCUUUUCAGAGGACCCAGACCAGCAGCUCAUAGCCACACAGAAGUUUAGGAAACUACUGUCCAAAGAGCCCAACCCUCCCAUCGACGAGGUCAUCCUUACACCUGGGGUUGUGAACAAGUUUGUAGAGUUCCUCAAAAGAAGUGAAAACUGCACGUUGCAGUUCGAGGCUGCCUGGGCGCUGACGAAUAUUGCAUCGGGGACGUUCCUGCACACUAAAGUGGUCAUAGAAACGGGAGCUGUGCCCAUCUUCAUCGAGCUCCUCAAUUCUGACUACGAGGACGUCCAGGAACAGGCAGUGUGGGCACUUGGGAACAUUGCUGGGGACAAUGCAGAGUGCAGAGACUAUGUGCUGAACUGUGGCAUCCUGCCCUCGCUUCAACUACUGCUCACCAAAUCCACUCGUCUCACGACCACGAGGAAUGCGGUGUGGGCCCUGUCCAACCUCUGCCGGGGCAAGAACCCCCCUCCCGACUUCUCCAAGGUGUCCCCCUGUUUGAGCGUGCUGUCCCAGCUGCUCUUCGGCAGCGACCCGGACGUGCUGGCGGACGCGUGCUGGGCGCUCUCCUACCUGUCCGACGGGCCCAACGAUAAGAUCCAGACGGUGAUCGACUCGGGAGUGUGCCGCAGGCUGGUCGAGCUGCUCAUGCACAGUGAUUACAAGGUGGUGUCUCCUGCAUUGCGAGCUGUGGGCAACAUUGUCACAGGAGAUAGCAUCCAAACUCAGGUGAUUCUGAAAUGCUCAGCGCUGCCCUGUCUGCUGCACUUGCUCAGCAGCCCUAAAGAGUCCAUCAGAAAGGAGGCGUGCUGGACCAUCUCUAACAUCACCGCCGGCAACCGCUCACAGAUCCAGGCGGUAAUCGAUACCAACAUCUUCCCCGUGUUGAUUGAGAUUCUCCAGAAGGCUGAAUUCCGCACCAGGAAGGAAGCAGCCUGGGCUAUUACCAAUGCCACCUCUGGGGGCACUCCUGAGCAGAUCAGGUACUUGGUGUCGCUGAACACCAUCAAGCCCAUGUGCGACCUGCUGACAGUGAUGGACUCCAAAAUUGUGCAGGUGUCUCUGAACGGACUGGAGAAUAUUCUACGCCUGGGCGAGCAGGAAGCCAAGAAAAACGGCUCGGGCAUCAACCCCUACUGUGCUCUUAUCGAAGAGGCCUAUGGUCUGGAUAAGAUUGAGUUCCUGCAGAGCCACGAGAACCAGGAGAUCUACCAGAAGGCCUUCGACCUGAUCGAGCACUACUUCGGCAUGGAGGAGGAGGACGCCAGCAUCGCGCCGCAGGUGGACCAGAACCAGGGCCAGUUCAUCUUUCAGCAGCCCGAGGGGCCCAUGGAAGGCUUUCAGCUCUAGUCCUCGCUCCCUUCACUCCCGCUAGCCAGCGCGGAACCCCCCCACCCUUCUUCUCCUCACUUCCUCACCCUGCUCCCAUCCCGAAGCACCCAAGCCUCCACUCAGCAGUGAGGGCCACACAGACUCGCCUGCAGAGAGGACGAGAGACAUUCCUCCAGGGGGUGGCCUCCAGCGACAUUCUGCCCAGCCUCUGCCUCCCGCUUUGUUUCCCAGAAUGCAGUUGCGUGAGCCUGGACACUGCAGCUCAAAAAAAGCUGUCUUUCCUCUUUUUUUCCCCUCCCUUUUAUUUUUUAAAUGUAGAUACUGGUAUGGUUGAAGCUCCCUCCAGAAUGACUACCUCUUCCGUCAGUCCACGGCUGAACUACCGUGGAAAAUGAAACGAGACAAAAUGCAUGCACGUCUUUAAUGCUUGCAGUUGGGCCCCUUGCUACAGGAUGUGUAUGCACGUGAGCGUGCGCUUGUGUGUCUGUCUGUGUGUGUGUGUGUGUGUGUGUGUGCGCGCGUGGAGUGUAAAUCUGUAUGUAUUUUACAUUAGAAUGUAAUGUGUGUGGUCAUCUGACGGUAUGUGAAAAAUACUCGACCUCUUAUAUAAACAGCAACUAUAUUUAUAAUCCCAUAGAUUAUAUUUUUAAUCUUUGCUGAUGCGCAGCAAGCGACAAGUUGUCAAUGUUACCUUUUAAACUUGAAAGGAACAGCUGCACGUAAGAUUUGCAGUGAAAAUGCGCACAGUGUAUGUAGCAGUUCCACACAUGUGACUCCAUGUGAAUUUAUUUAUUCUGUAGAGGGGCUGCUCUGCUGUAAUUGUUGGUGGGAGGGUGCCAUUGGUCUCUGAAAUGGAUGUUGUGUGUUUGUGGCAGACCUGGGUCAAAUAGGUAUUUGUUUUGGAUUUAAAUACUUUUCUACGCUUUACUGAUCUUGCCUGGUGUAUUGGAACCAAUGAAGUGCACUCGAAAAGUGCAAAUCCAGCCUUCUGGUCAUAUUGGUAGGCUCAGUUACACCAGACAAGAUCAACAGAGCACAGAAAAGUAUUUGAGUCCAAAACAAAUAUGUAUUUGAUCCAGGUGUGGUUGGUGGUGGAGGGGGGAAGGGAGAUGGCUGUUGCUGUACUGUCAUAUAUGUGCAUUUGAGUGUGGGGUUUGGGGUGGUGGGACAGGGUACAAGUGAUGUGAGGUGUGUGUGUGAUUGGGGGGGAGGGGCUUCUGCUGGGUUUACUCCCUUAUUCCCUGUUUUACAUGCAAACUGAUAAGUUUGUUUUCUCCUCCUUGAAUUUGAAGAUAGCAGGAAUUUACCUGGCUGUCCCUGGCAGUUUUGUAACAUUCAGCAUGAUUUUUUGAGAGGUUAUUUACAAUUUGACAUUUUAGCUGUAAAUUUUUAGUUGAAUUUAAAAACUGCUCUGUAUAUUAUAUAUACGCUUAUGAAACACAUUGAACAACUGUAAACAAACAUUUGAGAUUUUUGAGGGGAGGGCAAUGGUUGCAGGUGAGUUAGGGGUGUGGUCACAAGGGCUGUGCUGUGGCUUUGGGACAUGGUGGGGUAAGGUAACGUAAUGCUCAAGUAAAACACGUUGACAGGAUAAUGUGGAUGUGAAAGUGCUCAGUAUAAGGUACAGUACCUGAAAUCCAAAUCUCAUUCUGUAUCACCUGUCUCUGUCACACCUAUAGCAUGGCUCAGAUGAAGCAGUGUUUUACAUACUUUUUUAGUUGUUGUGUGUACGCAAACUCUGCCGUACUGCCCUGCUGUGAAUUAGCCUGCAGUUUCUGUUAAUGAUGCAGCAUAUUAGUAUAUCCAUUUUGUUAACACCACUCUUGGAACCAUUCCCCCCUCCCCCCCCCCCCUUUUUAUUUUUUUAUUUUUUUGGCUGUGUUUAAGUUUAUGAUUAUGUAGACGCUGUGUGCAUUCAAGUAUGUUGGUUGAUCCAUGGGUAAAUGUAUGCAUUUAUACAAUACGGAAAUCAUUUGUAAACCUCUAAUUGUUGAGCACAUUCAAUCGUGUACAGUUUUCUAAUAUUUCUCAUGUUUGUAUGGUUAGGCUUUUGAUUGGUUUUCACAUUGGGGGCGGGGGGGGGGGGGGGGGGGGGGGGGGGGGGGGGGGGGGGGGGUGUGUGGUGUGUACUGUCAGUAUCUGAACUUUAGGACAUCUGAGGACUUUGUUAGGGUGUGGCUUUGAAGUCACUGCUGACUGGAAGGGGUGACACCAAGGACUGCGCCAGCAGCCCGUUCUGAUUCCCACCUCUUCGCUGUGAGGGCCUUGAGACGGCCGACUGAAUAGGCUAGUUCCUCUCUGUUUAUACAAUGCAGCCAUUGCAAUUGAUUCGCCUCGAUGAGUUUGCUUAACUAAGGAAUGUCGAAACUCAAACAUUAUGUAGAACAAAUAAAUGUUCCGUUACAUACCUGUC